AUGGCUAAGUAUGAAAACCGCAUCGUGGAACCGAUGUCGCGACGUCGCGGAACCAAUGUCGCGACGUCGCGGUCCCGAUGUCACGAUGUCGCGGGACCGAUGGUACGACAUCGCGGUACCGAUGUCACAACGUAUGCGUACCGCGACCUAAGGCGUCGAGGACGAUCGCAUACCGCGACCGAAGGUACCGCGGACGAUCGCGUACCGUGA